AUGGAAAACUAUACCGUGAUUGGAAAGAUUGGUGGUGGUGCCGAGGGCAUUGUGUUCCGCGUAAGGCAUGAGCCAACGAAGAAGGAAUUUGCCAUGAAAGUGAUUCGUUGCCCCGAUCACUCUAGAGUGAAUUCAGCUCUGAAGGAAAUCAAAGUUUUGUUGCAUCUUCGUCAUCGACACGUUGUUUCAUAUGUAGAUUUCUUCCUUUUGUUUCACAACGACACGAUACGACAUGAAUUUGUUGCGGAUUAUAAAAAUGAGGCGCAACUCUCCGAGUCCACACGAAGCCUUGGAUUCUGCAGCACCGGUUGUCUGGGAAGCAACGGCAGCCCAGUUGUUAGAAAUGAAGUUCUCUCAGACGUGUUUUGUUUCCAUCCGUCUGAAGUUUGCGUCUGUCUUGUGAUGGCGUUGUGUACAUCUGGCGACAUGCAGGACACCAUAGAGGAUGCGAGGCGACGUCUUAUGGAAGUAGGCUCCCAUCCUAUCCCAGAGGCACAAAUUCUCUCAUGGAUGGAGCAAUGCGCCUCCGCUCUUGCCUUUAUUCAUGAGCAGGGCUUCCUGCACCGUGACUUAAAACCCACAAAUGUUUUCUUUGAUGAUGACAAGGAAAUCAAAAUUGGGGAUUUUGGUCUUGCAGCGACCGUUGGUCUUGGUCGUCAAAGCAUCGUGGGAACGCCCUUUUAUCUCGCCCCGGAGCGGAUGCUGCAUCAAGUGUACGACGAAAAAGUAGAUGUGUGGGGUUUAGGAGUUGUGAUGUUGGAACUGGUGACCCUACAGGAUCAACCGAUCAAUAGCCGUGUCUUAGAAAACCCACUGGUAGUUGAGUCUGUUGUAGAGCAGGUAACUUCUAUGGGAUUUUCAUCUAAACUUGGUGCUCUCUUGCGUGAUAUGCUACAACGAUUUCCAGAAGGUCGACCCUCACCUGCAGCCAUACUAUGUCGUCUGGCUGGCAUGACAGCAACAGCCUCACCACACUGUAGCAUAUCCAUCCCAAUUCCUUCUGCAGGCAUGGGCUGUCCAAAGUUUUCAACGACGUCAUGCGAAUUUUACGAGGUGGAAUCUGCCACACUAGCCUGUUCACAUUGUGGCACUGCUCUCUUAGAAGGAUGUGGCUGCGCACGAGAUAAGCACCACAGUCGUCACGGCCAUGAACGUUUCUCUUUGAUUUUUUCACGCAAUAAUCAGACAACACGUGCACAUGCCUUGAACGAUGUUGAAGUAAAUACUUUGCCGCCAGAAAAAUGUAAAACAAAUUGCAGCACAAUUUAUGCAUUUUCAAGACCGAAUUUGCCCGUGUUUAAUUCCAUCGGUGGCUCUAUUUGCGGCACAUCUACUGAAGAUUCCAGCAACAUCCUAAUUCGAAGCAUGAAGAGUACCAUAAUUCGUGUCCCACAGGAUUAUCCCACAAUCGCAACUGCGCUGCACUCAGCACAGUCUAUGCCACACGUACGAAAAAUUGUAGUGGCGGGCAACACCAUUCACAGCACCCCGUUGACCCUUGACGAUAAGUUGCCAGAUAAUUUGAAACUCAUCGGGGAGAACCCUUCUCCAGUCGUUGAAGUGAAUGCUGCUACUUUUGCCGUUCAUUGUACCUCGGGACGUGGGACGUUGGAAAAUUUUAUAAUUCGCCAUGCCGGAGGCCGAAUCUCACCGACUGAUUCUCACACUGACGAACAGGAUCCGAAAAAAACUUUGCGGCCCAUGGCCAUCUCCAUUGCGGGUGGAGAAUGGAAAAUCACGCGAUGUCGAAUUUCAUGUUCCGCUGGGAGCGGUAUCAGUGUGGCCGCUGGUGUGGAGGCCAUUGUGUCGCACUGUAUAAUUCUCGAGGUCAAGUUGGCGGGAAUAGUUGUGUUGGAAGGAGGUCAGGGUUUGUUUGAGAAGAAUAAAUUCACAAACUGUGGGUUUGCUGCUUUUUUGUUGAAGAAAAACAGCUCCGCGCGACUGCUUGGGAAUCAUGUGACGGACGGUGCAGAAACGGGCAUCUUCUGCCAGGAUGCCUCCGGUUUAGUGGAAGAUAAUUUUAUUGCGAACAAUGGUGGGUGUGGUGUGGUGGCGAAGGGUUCCGAUGCCAAAAUCAUACUUCGCGGAAACAGAGUUGUGGCAAAUGGACAAGCCGGCUUUUUCUGCUGUGAUGGCGCCAGCCCCAUCAUCACAGAUAAUGAAAUCCGACAGAAUAAGCGGGCCGGGGUUCUUGUUAAAACCCGAGCCUCUCCAAGGAUUGCAAAGAAUGUCAUUAGCUGCGGCAGGGAGGCGGGUAUUUACGUCUUUGAAGGUGGAGCCGGUUUUAUUGAGGAAAACGAGGUGCGGGACAACAGCAACGCGGGGGUUCUCGUCACAACGGGUGGCCGCCCACAUGUUGUGAGGAACACAAUUCGCGGUAGCCUUUACGAGGGGGUGUGGGUGUGCAAAAAUGGUGGCGGGACGUUCUUUGAGAACGACCUGCGCUGCAACGAGAAGGGACCGAAGGAUAUUGAGAAGGGUUGCUCAGUCGUGUGGAUUGGCAACCGCGAGUCCUGA